AUGGAAUUCAUGUGGCUGUACUCCCUGUGCCAGUGCAUCUUAUCUGUAGCUGUAAUAGUGGUGAGUGUGAGGCUGUGUAUGGCGGUCAGCGGUAGUGGUACAGUGGCUGACACCCAAGUGGGAACGCAGGGUGCCAGACCCCAACCAGGGAGCGUCUCAUGUUGUCUUCGACUGUGCCUGGGCUGGUUGGGGGCUAUCGGGGGCGCGAUGGAAGUCCCCGCAACUGUGUUACUCAACCUGCGAACCCCCCAGUGUCUGUACACCUGCAUAACCAUGGUGUGUUUCCCACUGCUGGUCAGGCAGUUUACCAUGAUCCUGUUAAUGCUGCUCACUCUUGACGCCCACCUGCAGCAUCGCUUGGCAGACAGGUACUCCUCAGUGGUGACCCGUCGGCGAGCCCUGUGUGUGGUUCUGGUGUGCUGGGUGGGCUCCGUACUGUCGUCCUUUGCGCAGUUCUUCAGCUCGGACCUCCUCGACACCUGGAGAAGCAGUGGUACCGGUGGGGGCACAGCUGGCCUCGGGCUGGCUGGCAACUGGACGACCUCUCUACCCGAUCUCUCCCCCUCUCCUCCACUUAAGCACCUCCAUGACCUCAAGGUCAUUGGGAAGUACCUCCCGUACGGAGGCUUCCUUUCCAAGUUUUAUGUGGAGGACAUGCACAACUUCACCUACGCUGAGAUUCACAGCAGUCACUGGGGAGUGUGUGCUCCUGACAAUAUUCUCAGCCCCCAGUUCCUUGUCUAUGUUCAUGGGAUGACAGUGUUCAUGCUACCCUUGCUUUGCCUGCUGGUCAUUUACCUUGAUCUGCUAUGCAUGAGGCCCAGGAAGACUCCUUUUACUCAUUCUGACCCUCCAAAAGAUGACUCCUGGCACAUCCGUUCCCUGGCUCUGUCUCUCACCCUUUUAGUUCUGCUGUGCCUGCCUAUCUACAUUAUCCAUGCUCUGUUGCUUUUCACCCCCGGCAUCCAUCUUCCUGCCUGGGCUCAUGCAAUUGCCCUCUUCCUCUUCCAGCUGUACAGCCUUGUGCCCCAGAUCCUCUUCACUCCGCCUUGGAAACAGGCAGGUGAAGAACGAGCAACCUUUCCUCUUUCUGUUCCCAGCCUUCCUCCUGCAGUCGCCCAGUCCAGACAAAAGUCAGUCCGUAUGGCCCUGUGUGAAGCAGUGCAGGCAGGCCCCUGGUUUUCCGCCAUACACUCCCUGAAAGCUGAAGUUUGCCCAGAUGUCUGAGAUCUUGACACCGUGGAAGAUGCAAGGUUUAAAAGCCGCUAAAUAAUCGUCCUAUAACAAUAUCUCCUUGAUGUUUUGGAUGCAUACGUGUUUAGAGGAAAUGGCUUGUGGACGGAAGAAUAGUAAAUAUAACGUAUUCGUGUUGUUGUUGGCUUUUCAACUAAUCAGCAGCACCGCGCACAGGCAUUAUGCUUAAGUCGCAAAUGAAAAGGCCAGUUAAUUAUCAGGUCCCAAAUCAAAUGUCAGUGAGAAAAUGAAGUCUCCAGAUGAUGACUAGUAUCCCGAUCGCAGAUGUCUGUUUUCUUAGACUGCUCCUCCUAUGGGUCUUAUUCUAAGCCUAUUUUAAGACUCCACUAAGUUAACCACCAGUAAUGUAGAUAUGUAAGUGACAGCGUUUAAUUAAACAUUCAGUAAUGACAUGGUGAUCCAGGGAGGACGCAAGCUUUGUAGGGAAAACAUAAUGAACCUGGUUACGACACAAUCUUCAUGGCUGUUUAGAUUAAACUUGUGAAUACAAUGAUAUGCCCUGUUGUAAUAAAAGGGCCUUGCUCACACUAAUGGGGUUGUUCAUCUUGAACCGUGUUGGUGUUAGAAAUCACGAUGGGCACAAAAGGAGA